CGUUCUUCCGCCCCCUCCUCCUUGCUCGUUCUGCCUUCUGACUGCCGACGAAGUUCACCACCCCUCUGUAUUCGAACAUGCCGGCUCCAGCCCCAUUUCCGCGCGUCAAGCGCCAGCUGCUCAUCUCUGACUUUGACGAGUCCAUGGCCGAUGCCGACAGCGACCGAUGGACAUUUGAGGUCCUCUCGCCGCGCCUCCGCCGGCAAUUUGACGACCUCUCACACGCGCCCCUGGCAGAGCGCAUGCAGUUCACGGACCUCUGCGCGCACCUGCUCGAGAAGCUGCACGUCGAAGAGGGCAAAGGCGAGCAGGACGUGCGCGCGGCCCAGCGCCAGCUCUACAUGCACCCGGCCAUGGUGCGCGGCUUCCGCGCCAUGCGUGACGCCAAGGCAGACACAGAGACGCAGACGACUUGCUUCCUGCUGAGCAACUCAAACGAGGUCUACCUCGGCACCAUUCUCGAGCACCACGGCCUGCAGACAUCGACGUACCGCCUCUUUGACGAAAUCGUGACGAAUCCCGCGCACUUUGAGCCGUCGGGCCUGCUCCGCCUCUCGCGCAGGAUCCUCGCAACGGCAAAGGACCAGCACGACUGCAAGGUCGGCUGCAGCGCCAACAUGUGCAAGGGAGACGAGCUUGAGGCGUUCCUGGCCAGAAGAGGCGGGCGUGAGGCAGCAGGCUUCGAGAGACUCAUUUACCUCGGCGAUGGCGGCAACGACUACUGUCCUGUCAUGAGGAUGCAGGAGCAGGAUGUUGCGCUGGUUCGGAGAGGCAGGGGCCUCGAGAAGAGGAUCAAGUCCGAGGGGGAACCAAAAUGUCAGGUCAGGUGGUGGAACGACGCUUGGGAGGUCGAGGAGCUCUUUGCCGCGCUGAGAAAUCAGCCGCUGUAUUAGAAGAACACAGGAGCUCAACCAAUCAUAGAGAAGAAAGUCAUGUCAUGAUCAUGAUGUCGGUGC